AUGCCCUGUGGGGGCCGUCCCAGGCAGGCCAGAGGGCAGCAAGCCCCAAGCAUGGUCCACACCACCAUCCCAGCAACCCUCCGAACUCCACCCAGAUUUGGCAGACCGGGCACCCCCCAGAAAGAGCAGCCCACUAGUGCAGCCAAUCCGGGUCCCGGCCCCUGGGGCAACCACCUCCCCCUGGCCACACCCAGGGGGUACAGGGUACCUGCAAACAGCAACAUGAAGGAGGCAGUGGUGGAGCUUGUAUUUCUGACUGUGUUUGGGCUGCACACUGUGAUGGGAGCGGGACGCUGGUGUGAACACAUGGUGGAGGAGAGGGUGGAGCGCGUCCUGUCACCGCGUCUGCAGCUUGAGGUCGGCUGUUCAGCAGUGUAUCGGUACAACACCCAAGGCUGGAGGCUGGACGUGGACAGGAUGCGGAGCAAGCAUGGAGGGGACGACGGCGUUGCGCUGUACUACAAGCAGCAGGGGCCGAAGGCCUCCUGCUUCUUGUACAAGCCUGCAGAGAUGGAGAGCCAAACGGUGAACAAGACGAUGAGGGCCUGCUGCGAGGGCUGGGGAGGACAAGGCUGCUCUCAGGGAGUGGGUGUACAUGGUCGGUGCUACUCCACAUGGAUCUGUGAGGAAUUCCCCGGAGUCCAUAACUCGUCCCUCAUGUCCAUGGAACAGUGCUGCAGCAGCAUGUGGGGACUGAGCUGGAGGAAUGCCUCUGACCAUACCUGCUUGUCUUGCACCUACACUCUCCUUCCAGACUCCCAGUUCUCUCCUUUGGUGCGGAGUGGUCUGCUGAGUACUGCAAGGGUUCCUCAGGGCUCGGCCACAUGCAUGUCCUGGGGUGGAGCCCAUUAUCGCACUUUUGACAGGAAGCACUUCCAUUUCCAGGGCACCUGCACUUACUUGCUGGCCUCAUCUACUGAUGGCACCUGGGCUGUCUACAUCAGUACAGUCUGUGAUGGGAGAGGAGACUGCAGUAAGGCCCUGAGGAUGAUGCUGGGUCUGGAUUUGGUUUCAGUCCAUCACAGGAAUUUAACGCUGAACAGCCUCCCUGUUCUAAAUGGGAAGCCGAUUUUUCAAAAUGGGGUGAGUGUCCAUUGGCUGGGGGAUUUUGUGUUUGUGGAGAGCAGCCUUGGGGUGAGAGUGAAGUUCGACAUGGUCAACACAGUUUACCUGACAGUGACCGCUGAGCACCUGGCAGCCACCAGGGGGCUCUGUGGAGUCUACAACAAUGACGCUGAUGAUGAUUUCACCACAGUGGGUGGAAUUGUGUCUCCAUAUCCUGCCAGUUUCGGCAAUUCGUGGAAAGUCCCAGACCAGGGCAGUGAGGGUUGCAGUGAUGCAGCAGAGCUCGGCCAUAGCUGUGAUGUCACAGGAGACCCCGCCCUUCGCAAGCAGGCAGAAUCAGUUUGCCACCAGCUGCUGGAAAACCCCUUCACGCACUGUCACCUCCGGGUGGAGCCAGCAGCCUACAUAGACACCUGUCUUUACCUGUACUGUAGCCUUCCACCUAAAGACAGAGAAGGUGCAGUGUGUGACACGCUGGCCAGUUACGCCCGCGAGUGUGCCCAGCAGCACGUCGUCAUCAUAUGGAGGACAGCCUCAUUGUGUGGUCGUUCCUGCCCCAGAGGUCAGCUGUUUUCAGACUGUGUGUCCUCCUGUCCCCCCAGCUGUUCGUCACCUCAGUCUGCAGGGCCGCCUGCAGCCAGGGGUCAGUGCAGGGAGGAGUGUGUGGGGGGCUGUGAGUGUCCUCCAGGUCUCUACCUCCACCAGGGCAGCUGUCUGAAAAGAGACGACUGUCCCUGUUUCCACCGCAGGCACACCUACCAGCCUGGAGACACCAUACAGCAGAGAUGCAACACCUGUACAUGCAAAGCAGGGCAGUGGCAGUGUACUGCUGAGAAGUGUGCAGCUCAGUGCUCUCUGAUGGGGGCCUUACAGGUGACCACUUUUGACAAAAAGAGGUAUUCACUGCAAGGAGGAGACUGUCCCUUCAUUGCUGUGGAGGACUUUGUUGACAGGAAGCUGGUGGUGGGUGUGCGCUGUGGGGCGUGUACAUCUGCUGGAGGAGACCUGGGCUGUCUGAAGGAGAUGUCAGUCACAGCUCUGCGCACUACAGUCACCAUCACAGACUCUGGCACAGUGACACUGAAUGGCCGGAGGGAGGCGUUGCCUGUGGUCACAGGAGACCUGGUUGUCCGCAAGGCCUCCUCUUUAUUUCUCCUCAUCCAGACCUUUGGAGCCCAGCUUCUCUGGUACUUAGAUGGACCAUUAGCACUCAUCAAACUGCAGCCAGGCUUUGCUAACAAGGUCCGCGGCCUGUGUGGGACUCUGACCUGGAGCCAGCAUGAUGACUUUACAACUCCAGAAGGAGAUGUGGAGAACAGCGUGGUAUCCUUUGCAGAGAAAUUCAUAACAGAGCAUUGUACUCUGCCUGGAGGAGCUCCACCUGAGCCCUGCUCCACAUUCACCCAAAGGAGGCACUAUGCAGACACCGUGUGUGCCAUCAUACACAGCCCUGUGUUUCAGGUGUGUCAUGAUGUGGUGGAGCGGGAGCCAUAUUUCCGUCUCUGCUUGUCAGAAGUGUGCGGCUGUGCACCACCGCGGUCCUGCCACUGCACCGUACUCACUGCCUACGCCCGGCAUUGCGCUCAGGAAGGAGCUGCAGUCAACUGGCGGAACCAGACUUUCUGCCCGAUCCAGUGUUCAGGGGGUCAGGUGUACCAAGAGUGUGGUCGUGCCUGUAUGGGCUCCUGUUCAGACCUGCAACAGGGUUGGAGCUGUGAUGACGGAGGAGAUGGGAUGGCUAACAGAGUAUGUGUUCCUGGGUGCCAGUGCCCUGCAGGACUCGUCCGGGACCACCAGGGCCAGUGUGUCCCCAUCAUUUUGUGUCCUUGUGUACAAGGAGACAAGACGUUUCCACCUGGAGGUGUAAUUCAGAACUCCUGCAACAAAUGUGUGUGUGAACGGAGCUUAUUUAACUGCUCCCAAGAGCACUGUGAGGAGGUGCAGCAGUGUCCUGGAUCUCUGGUCUACUCUCCACGCUCCUGCCUCCUCACCUGCUCCAGCCUGGACCCUCCUGGCCAUCAGCAGGUGUCUUUGCAGCAAACAAGCUGCAGAGAGCCACUGUCUGGAUGUGUCUGUCCUCAGGGAACUGUCCUACUAGGUGACCGCUGUGUUCAGCCGGAUGAGUGUCCGUGUCACCAUAACGGCCGACUGUAUUACAGCAAUGACACCAUCACUAAAGACUGCAACACAUGCGUAUGUAAGGAGCGUCGCUGGCAAUGCUCCCAGUCCGUCUGUGCUGGAGUCUGCGUGGCCACCGGUGAUCCACACUAUGUGACGUUUGAUGGCCGCUGCUUCUCUUUUCUGGGGGACUGCCAGUAUGUGCUGGCCAGAGAAACCAGCGGUUUGUUCAGCGUCACGGCGGAGAAUGUUCCAUGUGGCAGCACAGGGGUCACCUGCACCAAGUCCGUCACCCUUAGCCUGGGAAACACCCUCAUACACCUGCUGAGAGGCAAAGCUGUCACCGUAAAUGGGAUGCCAGUUACACUUCCAAAGUCCUACAGCGGCAGUGGUCUCUCUUUGGAAAGAGUCGGCCUGUUCGUUUCCCUCUCUUCCCGACUUGGAAUCACUUUGCUGUGGGAUGGAGGGAUGCGCGUGUACGUGCGUUUGGCAACGCAUCUGCGGGGUCGGGUUGGGGGGCUGUGUGGUAACUUUGACGGGGAUGCAGAGAAUGACUUCACAACACAGCAGGGAAAUGUGGAGGCUACAGCUGAGCUGUUUGGAAAUUCUUGGAAAGUCAGCCCUUCCUGUCCAGAUGUGGUGAAUCAGGACCUUAGAGAUCCCUGUGCUCUGAACCCCCACAGGGUGACGUGGGCCAGGAAAAGGUGUGCGGUGCUGAUGCAGGAGCUCUUCUCGCGGUGCCACGCUGAGGUACCCUUCCAGCAGUAUUAUGACUGGUGUGUCUUUGACGCUUGUGGCUGUGACUCGGGUGGGGACUGCGAGUGUCUCUGCACAGCCAUUGCUUCCUACGCUGAAGAGUGCAAUCGGCGGGGGGUUUACAUCCGCUGGAGGUCCCAGGAGCUCUGCCCUCUGCAGUGUGAAAAAGGGCUGGUUUAUUACCCCUGUGGUCCAGCUUGCGCUCCAUCAUGUCCCAAUGUCCAGCAGAGUCCAUAUUCCCAGUGUGGCGUGAUCUCCUGUGUGGAGGGCUGCUUCUGUUCUCCUGGGACUGUCCGACAUGGCGAGAGCUGCAUCGUGCCCACACAGUGUCCAUGUGAGUGGGAGGGGUCCAUGUUUCCACCUGGAAGUACCAUCACUCAGCACUGCCAGAACUGCUCAUGUGUGGAGGGUGUGUGGCAGUGUGAAGGUGUAGCUUGCCCUCCUCCCCCACCUCCCUGUCUGGAGACAGAGUUUACCUGUGCAGGUGGGCGCUGCAUCCCCUCUCUGUGGCUGUGUGACAAUGAGGAUGACUGUGGUGAUGGAUCAGAUGAGGUCUGCCCAUCCAGCUGCUCUCCAGACCAGUUUCGCUGCGCCAGCACACCGAGUGGACCAUGUCUGAACCUGGCUCUGCGUUGUGAUGGCCACCGAGACUGUGCUGACCAAUCAGACGAGGAGUUCUGCGGACCUACCACUUCUUUGCCGCCGUGCCCACCUGCAGAGUUUCAGUGUGCAAACGGAAAAUGUCUCCCAGCCAGCCGGGUGUGUGAUGGACGGCUGGACUGUGGCUUCGCUGAUGGCUCUGAUGAACAAGACUGUGGUGUGGUUUGUGACGAAGGGGAGUUCCUGUGUCCAGGAGGGCGUUGUAUUCUUUACCUCCACCGCUGUGAUGGCCAUGACGACUGUGGAGACCUCAGUGAUGAGAGAGGGUGUGUGUGUGCAGCAGGAGAGUUUCAGUGCCCCGGGGAUCAGUGUGUUCCUGCAGACAGAGUGUGUGACGGACACAGAGACUGUCCAUCUGGAACAGAUGAAGCUGUCUGUCCAAGAAAAGUGACUUGUGCUCCCGACCAGUUUGCUUGCAGAGAUGGUUCAUGUAUCACCUCGACCCGGCUGUGUGAUGGAGCUGCCGACUGUCCGGGUGGAGAAGAUGAAAACACAUCCAGCUGCUACAGCAGCAUCACACCGCUACCCGUUACCCCGACCUGUACUUCUCCAGCCUGCAGGUCCUAUGAGUUCAGCUGUGCCUCUGAUGGACAGUGUGUGCCUCAGGCGUGGCGCUGCGAUGGGGAAACGGACUGUUUGGAUGGCAGUGAUGAGCAGCAGUGUGCUGCUCCAUGUCGUCCUGGCCAGGUGCCCUGCCUGACUGGGAACCAGUGCGUGGACCACCAGCAGCUCUGUGACGGGACUCCACACUGCAGGGACGCUUCAGACGAGAGCGUAAGCAACUGUGGCUCCACUCAGAUUCCUUCCUGCCCAGGCAGUUUUCCAUGCGACAACCACACCUGUGUGAACGUGUCACAGGUCUGCAACGGCAUCCCAGAGUGUCCACGGGGAGACGAUGAGUUGUUGUGUGAUAAAACAGUUUCACCAGAACCUCCUGGCAGCAGGAACACGACCACUUGCUCUGAAUUCACCUGUUUGGAUGGAACCUGUAUUCCCUUUAACUCCGUGUGUAACGGUGUAGCAGACUGUCCAGACUCCUCAGUAACACAGACGGGCCCCACUGAUGAGCAGGGUUGUAGAAGCUGGAGUUCCUGGGGGCCUUGGAGCCCCUGCAGCACCUCCUGCGGGACGGGUGUGAUGAGCCGGGGAAGAUCUUGCCCUCCGGGGGAUUCACUGCGCCUCUGUCGGGGCCAAGGCAUACAGAUGCAGCAGUGCUUCAACACCACCUGUCCUGUGGACGGUCAGUGGCUGCCGUGGGAGUCCUGGUCCAACUGUUCCAGUGGUUGUGGUGGAGUGCAGGUUCGACACAGAGGCUGCAUCCCUCCUCGCUACGGAGGCCGAGACUGUUCCCAGCUCCCCGGACCGCCCCACCUCAUGGAAAUCAAACCAUGCCCCACUGAUGAUGGAUGCACCAAUACCAGCUGUCCCCCAGGCCUGGUGAGACACAGCUGUGCUCCAUGUCCACUGUCCUGCUCCCACAUCAGCAGUGGGACAUCCUGUGAUCCCACCGCACCCUGCUUCUACGGUUGCUGGUGUCCAGAGGGCCAGGUGAUGAGCCACACACAGCAGUGUGUGUUGCCAGAAGAGUGUGUGUGCGAGGUGGCAGGUGUGCGCUACUGGCCGGGCCAGCAGAUCAAGGUGAACUGUGAGAUUUGUGUUUGUGAGCGAGGAAGACCUCAGCGGUGUCAGCCCAACCUGGACUGCUCAGUGCACUGUGGCUGGUCAUCCUGGUCUGAGUGGGGGGAGUGUUUGGGGCCCUGUGGCGUCCAGAGUGUUCAGUGGUCCUUUCGCAGCCCAAAUAAUCCCACCCGGCAUGGAGACGGGAGAUCUUGUAGAGGGAUCUACCGGAAAGCUCGACGGUGUCAGACAAAGCCCUGUGAUGAGUGUGAGUAUCAGGGUCAGUCUCAUGCAGUGGGAGACAGAUGGCGCUCAGAGCGGUGCCAGCUAUGCCACUGUCUUCCCAGCCUGAUGGUGCAGUGCGCCUCCUACUGUCCACACGCUGCCACCGGAUGCCCUCAGGGUUUCAGUCUGGUACCUGGAGAGGGAGACAGGUGUUGUUACUGCCAAGAAAAUGAAACCACCUUUGUGACGUUAAGCCCCACAACUGUGACCUCCAUGCCAACAGAGGGCGCUACACCCUUGGUCCCCACAUUUCCGCUUCCACCCGGAGAUGAGUGUUGGGUUCCUCUGGGUGUCCAGACUCUGCCAUCCUCCAGCUUCAAGGCCUCAUCCCAGCAGGCUUUUCACCCCCCAGAGGCAGCCCGUCUCCAUGGAUGGGACCCCCAUAGGGAUCUCCAGGGCUGGAGUCCAGAACCAGAAGAUUAUAAAGACCUACCACAGCACAGACUUGAGGGGCACAGAGACAGCUUACAGAGCCCCUACCUACAAAUAGACCUGCUGAAACCAUACAACAUCACUGGUGUACUGACCCAGGGUGGUGGUGCGUUUGGCACCUUUGUGUCCAGCUUCUACCUUCAGUUCAGCGAGGAUGGAAGUCUGUGGCACACCUACAGAGAGCUGGGGUCUGACGCCCGGCCCAGAGCCAAGGUUUUCCUUGGUAACCAUGACGAUAGAGGUGUGACGGAGAGCAGGCUGGACAGGACGGUGUUGGUUCGGUUUGUUCGCCUGCUGCCUCACGACUUCCAGAACGGCAUCUACCUCCGGCUUGAGAUCAUGGGCUGUGGUGAAGUCUCCCCAGUAGGUGGCUGUCGAGACAAAGAGUUCCAGUGUGGAAAUGGUCGCUGUGUACCAGCAGGUCCACUGGGAGUCAUUUGUGACGGGGUCAACGACUGUGGGGACGGAUCAGAUGAGAUGUACUGUGGUAUCCAGUCCUCUUCCACACCCACCAGUCCACGCAGCUGCCCGACUGGUCAGUUCUCCUGCGCUCCACCAGGGAGCUGCAUCGAGGCAGGAAAGCGUUGCGAUGGUGUUCCUCACUGUCCAGGUGGAGAAGAUGAAAAUGGAUGCCACCCACAUAACUUCACCACGCCCUCAUCCUCCAGGAGGGCAUUGACACCCACCCCAGCCCCCCUGAGGACUCCAUCUAUGGCUGCUGUCUCUCACUCUGCAGUAACACCAACAGAAGGUGGCCCUGGACAUCGCGGUAUCUGCUCCUCUCCUCUGGGGCUGGAGGAUGGGAGGAUUCAUUAUGGUCAGCUGACCUCGUCCUCACACCGAGAGAACAACCCUGCUGAUGCAGGGAGACUCAACAUUGUCCCGAACAUUCAGGUUAUGAAACCUGGAUGGAGCCCCUCCCCCAACGAUCCGCAGCCAUAUUUUCAGGUGGACUUCCUGGAGCCUACCUGGGUGUCGGGUGUGGUGACACAGGGCAGUGAACGUAUGUGGGGCUAUCUUACUAAAUACCGGCUGGCCUUUGCUCUGCACAGCAGCUUCUUCACAGAUUAUACAGAAGAUGGGAGGCCUGGUGGUCCCCCCAAGGUGUUUGAAGUCCGGAUGGUGGGUAGAACCCCUGUGACCCGUUGGCUCAGUCGGCUGGUCCGAGCACGCUACAUGCGUAUUAUCCCAGUGGAGUUCAGGCACACCUUUUACCUGAGAGUGGAAAUCCUGGGCUGCAGAGGAGAUGAGCUGGUGACCCCCAGCAGUGUGACCACGUCUCCCUCUAGUGGUGGGAGGGUGACUAUGCACCGCUGCCAGCCAGGCCAGUUUUCAUGCCAUCACAGCGGGGAGUGCAUCCCAGUGUCAGUGCUGUGUAACGAUCGGCCAGACUGCUUGGACCACUCUGAUGAGAUCAGCUGUGGGACUGCUCCCACUAGAGGCUUUCCAGGGCUUUACAAUCAUACCAGUUACACUGGAAGACCAGGUUUCCAUGGCAACACCACAACAGGUGUUCCUGGCCUACAUACAACUGGUGUCCAAGGUAUGUUUCCUGGUGUAGCGAAACCAGGAGUCACGGCACCGAUCACACUUAAGAAGACCUCCACCUCAGGUUCCAGAGGCACAACAGGCCACCCUGGACUGCAUCCGUCCACGUCUCUGCAGCCUGGAAGACCUGGUCUUCAAACAACAGCAGCCCCUUCAGUCACCACAAGCCCCCAUGAUGGGGGGCUACCCAGAGUCCUUUGUGUUGAGGGCCAGUUUACAUGCUGGUCAUUCGGAUGUGUGGAUUCUGCACGUGUGUGUGACGGGAGAAAGGACUGUUUGGACGGAUCAGAUGAAGAACUUUGUGGCACCACAUCCAGGCCAGCAGUGGCUACACAGCGCCCCCUGGUACCCAGACCCUGCUCUCCGAAGCAGUUCUCCUGUAUCAGUGGGGAGUGUGUCCACCUGGACCGCAGGUGUGACCUGCAGAGAGACUGUGUGGAUGGGUCAGAUGAAAAAGACUGUGUGGACUGCAUCAUGUCCCCGUGGACAGCGUGGAGCGCCUGCAGCGUGACGUGUGGUCUGGGCUCCCUGUUCCGUCAGAGGGACAUUCUAAGGGAGUCUCUGCCUGGAGGCUCUUGCGGUGGAGCUCAGUUUGACAGUCGAGCCUGUUUUCCUCAAGCGUGUCCAGUUCGUGGUCAGUGGUCGGAGUGGACGUUGUGGUCAGGCUGUGAUGCUCUCUGUGGAGGAGGGGUCAGGCAGAGGAACCGAACCUGCUCUGCCCCCCCUCCUAAGAACGGUGGACGGGACUGUGAGGGCAUGACCCUGCAGAGUGAGAGCUGCAAUAGCCAGCCAUGCACCAACGAUACCAGCACACAGACAGGUUGUGUCGGCGGCAUGGUGCUGGUGACCAGCAAAGACUGCCAGGCUGGAAGAGUUCAACCCUGCCCUCCCACCUGCUCAGACCUCAGCAUGAACCACACCUGCACUGGAACAUGUGUACUGGGCUGUCGCUGUCCCCACGGGACGUACCUUCAGGAAGGUCGAUGUGUGAAUUCUGGUAAAUGUGUGUGCCACUGGGACGGUAAAACACUGCAUCCUGGACAGGUGAUCAGUACGGACCAGUGUACCACAUGUGUGUGCAGAGAUGGGCGUGUCACCUGUGACAUGUCCAGCUGUCCAGAGUCCUGUCACUGGUCAGCCUGGUCGUCAUGGUCACCAUGUGAUGUCACCUGCGGUGCGGGCCUGCAACAACGUUACAGGGCUCUGGUGAGUCCAGCAGGAGCAGUCAGAGUCCCGCCCUGUCCAGGAGACUCAUCUGAGGCUCGCCACUGCUCCAGCCCAUGCUUCCCUGUUCCAGCAGAUGUUGUGUGGAGCGAGUGGACCGGCUGGUCAGAGUGCAGUAAGUCGUGCUUCAGCCACGUCGAUGAUGUCGGAAUUAGACGACGAUUUCGCAUCUGCAACCACACGCUUGCACUGUUUAACCACACACAGUCUCUCUGUGAUGGAGACGGUGAGGAGCAGGAGCCGUGCGACACCAUGCUCUGUCCAGUGCAUGGUGGCUGGUCAGCCUGGUCACAGUGGUCUCUGUGCUCGUCUGAAUGUGACUCUGGUGUCCAGACCAGAGAGAGAUUCUGCAGCUCACCAGCACCACAGCAUGGGGGAAAUAGUUGCUCUGGUCCUCACAUACAGACAAGAGACUGCAACUCCCAUCCUUGUUCAGGUGUGUGUCCUGAAGGGAUGAUGCACCUGUCGGCACCUGACUGCGAGGCUCAGGGUGGUGCGUGUCCACGGGUGUGUUUGGACAUGACCUCAGAGGUGCAGUGCGCCACUUCCUGUUAUGACGGCUGCUACUGCGCCCCGGGUUUCUACCUGUUCAACAGCAGCUGUGUGCCUCUGGAGCAGUGUCCAUGUUACCACCAGGGGGAGCUGUAUCCAGCUGGUGCUGCCCUGCCUGCUGAUGCUUGUAAUAACUGUACCUGUAUUAGUGGAGAGAUGGAGUGUGGGACGGUUCCUUGUCCAGUGGACUGUGGCUGGAGCAGCUGGACACAGUGGAGUGCAUGCAGUCGAACAUGUGAUGUCGGUGUAAGAAGGAGGUAUCGUUCAGGAACAAAUCCUCCUCCUGCUUUUGGUGGUCAUCCCUGCAGGGGAGACAGAGUUGGGAUCGAUACAUGCAGCAUUGAACCCUGCCUUGGUCUAAAGGAGCCGUGGAGUGUGUGGUCGCAGUGUUCAGUGACUUGUGGAGGCGGCUACAGGACCCGGACCCGCGGGCCCAUCAGAGUCCACGGCACUGCUCAGCAGUUCAGUGCCUGUAACCUGCAGCCUUGUGGUGAUGGCAGGGUGUGUCCUGCAGGCCAGCAAUGGAAUCAGUGUGUUAGAGGACCAGUGUCCUGUACAGACCUCACACUGGAGCUCAGCAGGAACUGCACACCAGGCUGCCAGUGUCCUCCUGGGACUGUCCUGCAGGAUGGUGUAUGUGUUCCUGAGUCUGAGUGUCGCUGUGAUGUUAAUGGAGGACAAUACAAACCUGGAGUCACUGUGUCCAGAAACUGCAAUAACUGCACAUGUGCAGGUGGAAGGCUGGUAAACUGCUCUCAAGUCAGCUGUAACGUGGAUGGCCAGUGGUCGGGGUGGACUCCAUGGGGUCCGUGCUCAUUGUCAUGUGGAGCGGGUCUACAGUCUCGGUACCGGUUCUGUUCCAGCCCACAGCGCUCUGGCGGAGGCCUACCAUGUCUCGGGUCUCACCGUGAGGACCAAGUCUGCAUCCUCGCCCCAUGUGACCGUGAUGGCGGCUGGAGUCAGUGGAGCAACUGGACGGACUGUACCAAGUCAUGUGGUGGGGGUAUCCAGAGCCGGAGGAGAAACUGUGACAGUCCUGCUCCAGAGGGGGAGGGGAGUUAUUGUGAGGGUCUGGGGACUGAAGUCAGAGCCUGCAGCACUGACCACUGUCCAGUGGCACCGUGUUCCCAGGUCCCAGGCACAGUGUUCAGCAGCUGUGGACCCUCCUGCCCUCGAUCCUGUGACGAUCUAUCGCACUGUGAGUGGCGCUGCGAGCCAGGAUGCUACUGUACUGAGGGAAAGGUCCUGUCUGCUAAUGAGACAGCCUGUGUAGUUAGGGAAGACUGUCCCUGUUUGGACCUCAAUACUGGACUCCGACUGGAACCAGGAGAGGUCACUGAGGCACCUGAUGGAUGCAACAACUGCACAUGUGAGGGUGGGCGUUUCAACUGCUCAACAGAGUCCUGCCCAGUGUCAGGUGGCUGGUGUGACUGGUCAGAGUGGACUCCCUGCUCCAGGACCUGCGGGGCAGAGUCGGUAACCCGCUACAGGAGCUGUAGCUGCCCGGAACCAAAGGCUGGAGGGGAGCCCUGCCCUGGAGAGCAGGAGAGACACAACGGGGUCGGAGUUCAGAUCCAGAGACAGCCCUGUCCCGUCAUCUCCUUCUGCCCAAUUCAUGGUUCCUGGAGCUCCUGGUCGGCAUGGUCGGAGUGUGAUGGAUGUACCGGAUCAUCCACCCGUAACAGGGAAUGUAACAGUCCUCCUGCCAGGUUUGGUGGCCUACCCUGUCUGGGAGAGAGCAUGCAGAGCCGUGGCUGCCAUGACAACAUCACUGUGUGCUCAGACUGUGGUGGAGGCCAGGAGGAGUGGCCUUGUGGGAAGCCUUGUCCUCGCUCCUGUUCUGAUCUCCAUGGCGACACGGAGUGCUCAGACUCUCCUGGGUGCAGUCGGACCUGUGGUUGUCAAGGUGACAUGGUGCUGCAGGACGGAGUGUGUGUGGACAGGGAGGAGUGUCGCUGCAAGUACCAUAACAGCUCCACCACAGCUGGUCUGGAUUCCAGUAAUACAUCGUGGGUGUGGCCUGGUGGGUCUGAUUGGCAGUUUGCAAAUCCAGGAGACGUCAUCAUCAGCGACUGUAAAAACUGCUCAUGUGCUGCUGGGGUUCUGCAGUGUCAGUCGGUCCCUGGUUGCCAUGUGGAUGGAGGCUGGGGCCAGUGGGGACCUUGGACAGAAUGCUUGCUUCCAUGUGGUGGAGGAGUGAAGUUCAGGAGACGCCUGUGUGAUAAUCCAGCUCCACAGAGUGGCGGCAGAAGCUGCCUGGGAGACGGCGAGCAGCGGAAAGACUGCAACACACACUCAUGCACAGACUCCGUGGGCCCCUGGCUGCCUUGGUCUCAGUGGUCCGUGUGCUCAGUCAGCUGUGGUGGGGGGCAGCAGACCCGCAUUCGUCUCUGCAGCUCUCUGCCAUGUCACGGCCUUAGCCGCCAGAGCAAAACCUGCAACACGCACGUCUGCCUCGAUGUGGGCUGCCCCCCCGGCAGGCUGUACAGGGAGUGUGAACGUGGAGAAGGCUGUCCCUUUAGCUGUGCUCAGGUCAGCGGCAGAGAGGGCUGCUACUCUGAUGGAUGCGAGGAAGGCUGCCACUGCCCCCCACACACCUACCAACACCUCGGAGCCUGCCUGCCGGAGUGCCCCUGUCUGGUGGAUAAAGAGUUUCUGGCCUCUCUACAGAGAGUGUCUGUCACAUCAGUCUCAUCUCUGCUGUCCUACAACAUCACCGAGGGGACGGAGGUCCAGUCUGGAGAUGCAGUUGUGCACGACUGCAGCACCUGUGGCUGUGAACAUGGCAGGUGGAACUGCUCCCUAGAUCCCUGUCCAGUAGAUGGUGGCUUGACCCCUUGGGGCCCCUGGAGCCCUUGUUCACUUUCCUGUGGGGGUCUAGGAGUGAAGGUUCGCUCUAGGAGCUGCUCUCAGCCUGCCCCAUCCCACGGUGGGAAAGACUGCCGGGGGCCACGUCAGGAAUCGACCUUCUGCCAGGCUCCUGACUGUCCAGUUAUUGUUGUUCCAACGGAGGAACCAACCUCUCCAGAGGAGGAUCCUGGCUUCUCUCCCUGGUCAUUGUGGAGUCCCUGCACUAAAACCUGCACCGACGUUCAAAUCCCGGCCCUGAAGUCUCGCUAUCGGCACUGUGUCCAUCCUCCCUGCUCAGGAAGCUCUCACCAGGAGAAGCCCUGCAACUUGCCCCAGUGUCCAGCUCAGGUGUGUGUCGGAGCUGACUGUGCACGAAGGAACUGUUCAUGGACAGAGUGGGGGCAGUGGGGCUCCUGUUCACGGUCCUGUGGAGUGGGUCAGCAGCAGAGGAUCAGAACCUUCAUCAGCCCUGGAGCUAACGGCUCUUGGUGUGAGGACAUCGUUGGAGGGAACCUGGAGCAUCGCUUUUGUAACAUCAGGCCCUGCAAAGUGGAUGGAGGCUGGUCCCGGUGGAGUCCCUGGUCUCGCUGUGAUAAACGCUGCGGUGGGGGGCGCUCCAUACGCACUCGAUCCUGCUCCAGUCCUCCACCCAAGAACGGUGGGAAGAACUGUGAAGGAGAGAAGAACCAGGUCAAACCUUGCAACACCAAACCGUGUGAUGAGAAAGGAUGCCCACCCGGCCAGGAGUUUGUGUUGUGUGCUAACCAGUGUCCACAGCGCUGCGUGGACCUCCAGCAGGGUAUCGAGUGCCAGGGCAGCGCUGAAUGUCAGCCUGGGUGUCGCUGUCCUAAAGGUGAGCUGCAGCAGGACGGCCUGUGUGUGGCAUUGUGGCAGUGUGACUGUGUGGACUCAGUGGGACAGGUGUGGGCAGCCGGCAGCUGGCAUCAGGUGGGCUGUAACAACUGCAGCUGCUCUGACGGACAGCUCCUCUGCACCAAUCACAGCUGCCAGACUGCCUGCGUCUGGAGCUCCUGGUCUAGUUGGGCCCCCUGCAGUGUUUCCUGUGGGCGGGGCCAAAGAGCCAGGUACAGGUCCCUAAUCCCGGAGGCUGAAGGAACAGAUUGCAACUUUGAGGAAGUUCAGCACAAAUCCUGCAACCCAGGACCCUGCCCACCUCUCUGUCUCCUUGACGACCAGGAAGUCAGUGUGGGAGACAUCUGGCUGCAGGGCGAGUGCAAACAAUGCACAUGCACCCCAGAGGGAGUUUACUGUCAGGACAUUGACUGCAGAGUGGAUGGUGGCUGGACCCCCUGGUCAGUGUGGUCCGACUGCUCGGUGACAUGUGGUCAGGGCACACAUGUUCGAACCCGAGCCUGUAUCAACCCUCCACCACGGAACAACGGAACGAACUGCAUUGGGCCAGAGAGAGAAACCCAGUACUGUCAGACCCCUCCCUGUCUGGAUGACCUUUGCCCCUGGUCACCAUGGUCACCGUGCUCCCAAAGCUGUGGGGCAGGAUCUGCAUCCCGCCGCAGGGUGUGUGUGUGUGAGGAGGGCGGGGAUGCUGCGUGUCCCCCUGAGAUGGAAGCUGAGAGGAACAGCGAGGAGAGCCAGCUGUGCUACAAACAGCCGUGUCCAGGCUGUCCCAUGUCAGCGUGGAGUGUUUGGUCUCAGUGUUCGUGCGUGUCUCAGAGGCAGCAGCGUUACCGUGUAGCUCUCACCUCGGCCACCAGGGGGCAGCAGUGCUCUCCUGUGGAAACCCAGAGCCGACCGUGCAGCCUCAGUCCAUGUGAAGCCUGUGACGCUCCAUUUGUGUACUCUGCAUGCGGCGCCCCCUGUGAGAAGCACUGUGCACUGCAGGGCCGUAAAGACUUGUGUUCAGGUGUGAGGGAGUGCACACCUGGCUGUUACUGCCCACAGGGUCUGCUUCAGCUGAACGGCAGCUGUGUGCCUCCAGAGGAAUGUGGCUGCAUCUACCUGCAGCACCAAGCUUCAGGACAUCCGCCCACACCUGUCACUGUCCCUGUGGGAGGCACGGUCACGAUCGACUGCAGCACCUGCCUUUGCCACAACGGGACUUUGCAUUGUGACAUGAGAGAGUGUGAAGCAAUCCUUAGUGAGUGGUCUGAGUGGACGCCCUGUUCUCCCUGCGCACCCGUCUCCUCCGAGCAGCUCAGUGCUUCUCUAGAAGGAGUCAUCAAUGGCACUAAAAUGGUCUCGAUCCAGAGUCGCUUCCGAGCCUGUUUGGACCUUGAUUCUGGUCUUCCUAUUAGAACAGAGGAGGAGAGCCAGUGUGCUGGACCGCUGGUCGAGGAGAGGAGCUGUCCUGAGGACACGUGCAGAGAUCUGUGUCUGUGGAGUGUGUGGAGCUCCUGGACAGCAUGUGCCGAGCCGUGCAGUGGUGGAGUCAGGCAGCGCUACAGACGGCCCCUGGCCUCUCCUCCGGGGCCCCGCUGCAGGAGCCAGCAGACACAGAGCCAGAGCUGCAACACAGGGCUCUGCCCAGGUGAGCGCUGUGAGGACAGGGAGAGGACGUAUCAGGAGAGCUGUGCUAAUCGGUGUCCUCGCAGCUGCACUGACUUAUGGGAGCAUGUGCAGUGUCUCCAAGGAUCCUGUCACUCAGGCUGUCGAUGUCCUGAAGGACAGUUGUUGCAGGAUGGUCGCUGUGUUCCAGUGACCAUGUGCCGCUGUGGUAUCCCAUCAGGCAACGGGACGCUGGAGUUCAGUCCCAAAGAUGAGCUUGCUGUUGACUGUAAUACCUGUGUAUGUGACAAUGGGACUCUGCUAUGCACCACACUUCCCUGUCCUGUUUAUGAGCCCUGGAGUCCAUGGAGCUCCUGCUCUGCUUCCUGUGGUCAUGGCCAAAGAUCAAGAACCCGGAGCUGCCAGGACACAGAGGGCGGCCCCCCCUGUGCUGAAACCAUGGAGACAGGAAGCUGUGAUCUGCCUCCUUGUCCAGCCAGCUGUUUGCUGAGCGAGUGGUCAGCCUGGACUGACUGCAGCGCCACCUGCGGUGGGGGGGUAUCAACGCGGAACAAGACUGUCCUUCGUGAAGCGGAGCUCGGUGGGACGGCCUGUGCUGGACCCCUUGAACAACACACUGUCUGUAACACCAACAGCUGCCUGCCUGACUGUCCCAGCAGGCAGGUGUACACUAAUUGUUCUGGUUCUUGUCCGUUCACCUGUGAGGACCUGUGGCCACACACUCAGUGUCUACCUGGACCCUGUACACCUGGGUGCAGGUGUCCUCAAGGACAGGUGUUGUUUGGAGGCUCCUGUGUGUCUCAUGCUGACUGUCCCUGUUCAUCUCUCUCUUUGCCGCCUGAGUACCACACCUGGAACAUCAGCUCUGACGGCCUGACAGAGGCUCUGCUGGAGCCUGGAACCACCGUGCAGCACCUCUGUAACGUCUGUGUGUGCAAAGCUGGAGCAUUCAGCUGUACCUCGGAGUCCUGUGAUGUGGACUGUGAGUGGUCCAGCUGGUCCCCAUGGAGUCCGUGCUCAGCCAGCUGUGGUACAGGCCGUCGGAGCUCCACCAGGUCCGUGCUGCAGGUCAGGCAGUAUGGAGGGGCCCCGUGCCAAGGCUCUAACCUGCAGACCACCACCUGCAUUGCUCCUGACUGUGAGUGUCCUGCCGGGGAGCAGUGGAGGAGGAGCCUGUCAGAGGAGGUGCUGCUGUGUGAGAGGGGCUGCCAGGACAUUUACACCUCCUCACCUGUCAACUGCAGCCGCUCCGCUGAGGGCUGCGUUUGCCGGGAGGGGCUUUACCGAAACCCGGAGGGUGUGUGUGUCAUCGCCGCCCUCUGCCCCUGCCAUGACCAGGACGUCCUGUGGGAGGCGGGAUCAGAGUGGGAGGAGGGCUGUCUGUCAUGCAGCUGUGUGAACGGUAGAAAACUGUGCCAGACGAGAUGUCCUCCACUGUACUGUGACGAGGGAGAAGUAAAGGUGGAGGAACCCGGCAGCUGUUGUCCGGUCUGUAGAAAGCCAUUCCCAGGCGAGCCUGAACCAGAGUGUCGGCGCUACGUUCAGGUCCGGAACAUCACCAAGGGAGACUGUCGGCUUGACAACGUGGAAGUCAGCUUCUGCAGGGGACGCUGUUUGUCCAGAACUGAUGUCAUCCUGGAGGAGCCCUACCUCCUGUCAGAGUGUGAGUGCUGCAGUUACCGGCUGGACCCGGACAGUCCGGUCCGUUUCCUCAGCCUGCAGUGUGAAAGCGGAGAGCGUGAGCCGGUCGUCCUACCGGUCAUACACAGCUGUGAGUGCACCAGUUGCCAAGGAGGUGACCUGUCCAGACGCUGAGCGAGCGCGCCAGGUGCAAACAUCAGGUACAAACUCCACGCUGACAAGAGCACCACACUGAAAGGCACCGCAUGAUGGAUGGAUGCUUCUGGGCCAAACAGAUGGAUGAGUGCUGAUGAAGACUUUGUUCUGCAGUCAUCAGAUGACUGACUGCUUCUUCUGCAUCUUCUCCAGCCUGUACAGUCUUAUCUACUUUAUAUUUAUAGAUUACAAUCUCAGUUUGACCACAUCAGGAGAUGUUAUUGUAAUGUUAAUAAAAAUAUUUUUAUAAUCGGUCUUCUUAAAGUUGGGCUAAACAGCAAGUAGUUUGAAGUGUUUUCAUGUUUCCAGCCCAGCUGCAUUAGACGGUUCUACCAUCUUUCUGUUGUCCUUUUUCUUGAUCAUCUUUCUAUUAUCAGGUAUUUCUAAAAUGUCUGUUUCUGUUUCCAACAGAAAACGAGAUGCUGAGAUUGAAACAGCUACUGUAAACAUAAAUAGCUGAAUAAAUAAGACUCUUUUCCAAACAUUUGUCAGAUAUAACCUGGUUCAUUAAGAAGCUUCCAGACUUUAAGAGGUUUGCCUCUUAAAGUGUUUGUUGGUGUAUUCAAACCGUUAAAUGUGCCUA